AUGUCAAUCUCCUGCCUGGCGCUGAAAGGAAAAGCAAAUCUCCCAAGUGCCGAUAUCAAAAAGCGAUUCAUGAUUGAAUGGGUGAUUGUUACCGAUAGUUGGGAGAUUUAUGUUCAUACAGCCCGAGGCGAUGUUGAUAUCAAAAUCGCGGGAGAAGGGGAGAGGAUCAACGCUUUUCUUCAAGCCGGCACGUUGGAACGCGCGGACCACGUAACGAUGAAUCCAAUAUUGCGGUCAGCUAUCUCGCAGGCGAUCUGUGUUGGUCCCCAGAUUGGUCGUAUCUGGGUUGUCCAGUUCACACUGUUUGCUGCUGUCGGUGUGAAGACCCAGAAACUCCAGUUUGCAGCACAUUGCGACUGGUAUGAAGCUUCAAUCACUGCCCGAGAAAAACUAGCCGAUAUCAAGGGGAAGCCUAAGACCACCUACAACCACCAUGAUCCAUCCACGGAACAGGAUAAGCCUGCAAUCUCGGAAGGAGGCUAUGAUCCUCAUGCCCUCGCCAAAUACCAGAAAGACCUAAGGGGGCUGGAAAUUAGGGGGGAAGAAAGAUUGAAAUCAGCCAGAGAAAUGGACAGGCAGUGA